AAUACCCCGAAUGUCGAAAGACUGAGAAAGGAAAGGAAUACAUUGGGACAAUGAAGAAGACCGCGACAGGAAAGGACUGUCUCCGAUGGGAUACCAAGCCUUACGUGAAACCGAAGGACUUCUCCAUCGCAAUGCUCUAUGAAGAGCACUUCCUUAACGAGGAUGUGGAAUCUGCUGAGAACUACUGCAGGAAUCCGGCCUUGAGGGAAAAGCCUUGGUGCUUCGUCUCGGACCCAAACAUAAAAUGGGAAUACUGUGAUAUUUCCAUGUGCAUGGACUUGGUUCCCUUGGAGUGCAAACGGACUCAAAAGGGAGCGGAGUAUAUGGGGAUAAACAACGUGACUCUUAUGGGUUUACCGUGCUUGCCCUGGUUGGAAUAUCCACUGACGGGUCAAUAUCGGAGUUGGUCCCUGAGGCUCCCUGCAUUCUCGGAUGAGGUGAACAAGAAGCACAAUUAUUGCAGAAAUCCUGGGGGUCGUCCUGGAGGUCCUUGGUGUUACUAUGGAAGCAAUUGGGAUGGGGCUUGGAGUUACUGCGACGUUCCGUUUUGUCCUCUACAGGAAACAAAAAAGAAUGGAAAUCGAAAGAUGAAGGCGAAUUACCCUGAGUGCCGAAAAACUAAAAUGGGCAGAGAGUAUAUGGGAACGAUCAGGAAAAGCGAAACGGGGAAGCCAUGCCUAUAUUGGGAAAGGUUUUUGGAUCUCUCGAAGUACCCAUAUGGGAUGGUCAAUUACUUGCCCUUGACGACCCGUCCCGAAGACAAGAAUCUCAUCCGCAUCAUCCUCACAAGUUCUCUCCCCCGCCCGCAGUUGAACUUCUGUCGGAAUCCGGGAUGGGGGUCGAGGCCGUGGUGUUUUGUAUCAAUGACUCCUACCAUCGAAUGGGAGUAUUGUGACGUUCCCUUCUGCGACGACCUGACCGCCUUCAAUGUUUACCCUAAAAAACCUUUUUGCUACGUGAAAACUGUUCCUUAUGUUAUUUGGAAGAGAGAAUAUUGCGACAUUCCCUACUGCUACGAGCUUCUGGAAUCCAUCAGUACGAUUUUCAACUCCAUGAAUCGACUUGCCAUUGCAGAUGGAGGCAAUAAAAGAGACGAGUAUCCCCAUUGUCUUCUGACGGAGAUGGGAACGGAAUACAUUGGGACAAUGAAGAAAACAAAGACUGGGAAGGAUUGUCUACCUUGGGAUUCACAUUCGGACAAACUGAUCGGACCAGAAAAUCAUAGCAUCUACGAUUUUUACUUUGCGACCCGCGAACCGCGAUACCAUAAGAAUUACUGUCGAAAUCCUGGGCCGAAAGAUAAGCCCUGGUGCUGGGUAAAUGACACCACGAUCCAAUGGGAAUACUGUGAUAUCCCAUCUUGUGACGACAUGAGUAAGGAAUCCUUG